CUUAAAUUCCUCGCGGCAGCUUCCCAGGACGCCGUUACUCUGUCCAGCGUGACUGCGUGACGCGAUACUUCUCCAGUGGAAAAGGGAAUCGGAUUACCAGGAUGCGUGGAAACGGAAUCAACAAAUCCGACACGCAUCUAGCUGCUGCUGCUGCUAGCUCGGCAGGUAGCUAGCCGCUAGCUGCUAGCUGCUCUCCAGCCCGCGCGGGGGGACCGAGCUAACAGUGGCUAGCCGGGCGCUCUCUGGCUCGCUACAGCGAAGACGUAGAAGUUUGUAGAGAUCCCUGCGCCCUGCCCGCCGAGCCGGCUAGUUAGCUACUCCUGUCUCGGGCGAGGGGACAAAAUGGAGCUGUUCCAAGCCAAAGACGACUACAUUCUCCAGCGGGGGGACCGUGCUCUGUGGUGCAGCCGAAAAGACGGGACCGUGACCGUCAGACCGGCAACAGACCUGCUGUUGGCCUGGAAUCCAGUGUGCUUGGGUCUGGUAGAAGGUGUCAUUGGAAAGAUCCAGCUUCACACGGACCUUCCUCUGGGCCUCGUAUUAAUCCGACAGAAAGCUCUGGUGGGCAAUUUACCAGGCGGCCACAAAGUCUACAAGAUCACCAAGAUAGCCGUCAUCCCUCUGUCCGACGAAGAGCCCCAGGAGCUCGAGCUGGAGCUUUGUAAGAAGCAUCACUUCGGAAUCGAUAAACCAGAGAAACUGGUCCAGUCCCCAGAUGAGUCCAAGUUCUUGAUGAAGACCUUCAGCCAGAUCAAAUCCAAUGUGGCUGUCCCCAUCAAGAAAAAGUAUUCCCCUGCCUUCCAGGUCAAGGAAAAUAAAGAGAAGGAACGCCUGGAGAGGCGGCUGCUGGACGAGCUGUACAAGGUAUUCAUGGACUCGGAUUCCUUCUACUACAGCAUGACCUAUGACCUGACCAACAGUGUGCAGCGUCAGGGAGACUCUGAGAAGUCCAGCCUACCGCUAUGGAAACGGGUGGACGACCGUUUCUUCUGGAAUAAACAUAUGAUCCAAGACGUCAUUGACCUUCAGGUGCCGGAGGUGGACUUAUGGGUGAUACCGAUCAUCCAGGGCUUUGUCCAGGUGGAGGAACUGGUGGUGAACUACAACGAGACUCCCGAUGAGGAGAGGAGCAGCCCGGAGACGCCGCCACAGGAGGUCACCUGCGUUGAUGACAUCCAUCCCCGCUUUACUGUGGCCCUCAUCUCCAGACGUAGCCGCCACCGCGCAGGGAUGCGGUACAAACGCCGCGGUGUGGAUACCGAUGGCCAUGUGGCUAACUAUGUGGAGACGGAGCAGCUGAUCCACGUGCACAGCCACACGCUGUCCUUCGUACAGACUCGUGGCUCCGUGCCCGUGUUCUGGAGCCAGGCCGGGUACCGCUACAAUCCCCGGCCCCGCUUAGAGAAAGGAGAGAAGGAGACCAUGUCUUACUUUUCCGCUCACUUUGAGGAACAGCUUAAACUCUACAAGACACAGGUUAUCCUUAACCUGGUGGAUCAAAGUGGACGUGAGAAGAUAAUUGGUGACACGUAUUUGAAGCAAGUCCUGCUUUACAACAACCCAAACCUCACAUACGUUUCAUUUGACUUUCAUGAGCACUGCCGAGGUAUGAAGUUUGAGAACGUGCAAGUACUGACCGAUGCCAUUUCCGAUAUCAUCACUGAAAUGAAGUGGGCCUGGGUGGAUCAGGCCGGAGUCAUCUGCAAGCAGGAGGGCAUCUUUAGAGUCAACUGCAUGGACUGUCUGGACAGGACCAACGUGGUCCAGGCUGCUAUUGCUCGGGCCGUGAUGGAACAACAGCUGAAGAAACUGGGCGUGAUGCCUCCAGAACAGCCUCUGCCUCCCAAAUGCUACAGGAUUUAUCAGAUCAUGUGGGCCAACAAUGGAGACACCAUCAGCAGGCAGUACGCAGGCACAGCAGCGCUCAAGGGAGAUUUCACCCGGACAGGGGAGAGGAAACUGGCUGGUGUGAUGAAGGAUGGCGUAAACUCAGCCAACCGCUACUAUCUGAACCGCUUUAGGGACGCUUACAGACAAUCUGUCAUUGACCUAAUGAUGGGCCUGCCAGUGACGGAGGACCUGUACUCCAUCUUCAGUAAGGAGAAGGAGCACGAAGAGAAAGAGAAGGAGAGCCUGAGGGGCGCGCAGGAGCAGGUCGGCCUCCUGCUGCAGACAUACAUGCAGCUUUUGCUGCCCGACGAUGAGACGUUUCAUGGAGGUUGGGCCCUCAUCAAUUGUGACAUGAGCCUCGUCGAUGCCAACAACAAAGAUGUGGAUGUGCUGCUUCUUCUGUCUGACAAAGCCUACUACAUUGCUUACUACGACGAAGAAGCUGAUAAAGUUGACCAAUACCAGCGUCUCAACUUAGAGGGUUUGGAAAAGAUCGAAAUUGGUCCGGAGCCCACUCUGUUUGGGAAGCCGAAGUUCUGCUGUAUGCGUUUGCAUUACAGGAGUGAAGAGAUGAGCGGAUACUUCCACACACUGCGAGCGGCAACACGGAAUCCCGAUGAUGAUGGAAAAGACACAUUGCAAUGCAUAGCCGAGAUGCUUCGCAUAACUAAACAGGCUACGGGGCUGGACCUGCUCGUGAUUGAAAAGAGGCUGGAUAGGCGGCAGAGUAAACCUCAUGAGGACAUAAUGGGCAUCCAGAACAAGCCCGCUGACCCGGUCCAGGGCAGCUCUGGUCUAGCGCAGGGCAAAAGUUUCCUCCUCAACAAGUUCUCUUCUCUCAAUCAGAAAGUGAAACAGACCAAGACAAACGUAAACAUGGGCCCCUUCAAGCCCCUCGGGAGGCUGGGCAACUUCUCUAAGCCUGACGUAAAGGUCAAUUUCCUGAAGCCAACUAUGCAUGUCAACCUGUGGAAGUCUGACAGUAGCCUGGAGACGUCCGACAACAACCCUGGCACAGCAGCCCUCAAAGGUAUCGGGGACCGUCUCUCAGAUGACUCUGAUUCCUACAAUUCUGACCCAGAGCACCCGUGUUCUGGUUCUUUGGAAAACGUGGACUAUGUGCUGCCCAGCUGCGGCAUCGUAGCAUCAAACCCACGACUGGGCAGCCGCUCCCAGUCUAUCGGCAGCGUGGAGCUCAACAUCCCCUCGGUCAUCAGAGUCACCGGCUGUGACGGGAAGCAGGAGGGCCUCUCUCAAGGCAGCGACGAAAACUCCCCAGGCUCCGCCUCUGUGGCCGAGGAAGCCAUUCUGAUCGACUUUGGUACCCCCAUCGACGCCUACUGCCACCAGUUUGUCCAGGACGCACAGACCAAACCUGUCGAGGUAUUCGGAGAGCAGCCGCCGGCCGCCGCCCCCCCGCCCAACCCGGGGGCGCGUGUGCCGAACAAGAGCCCAGCGGACUCCGACCGCCAGGCGCGGCGCCCCGAGCCGCGGCACGAACCCGAGGAGCCUCAGCUCCCCAGGCCGUCGCAGCUCGACGUUGACUCCGCCCCGCCCAGCUCUAACCUCCUCUCCGUCCAGAAGCCCGGCUCGGGGGGCUCUCAGAGGAGUCUGUGCUCACAGGUGGAGGGCAGCCUCGGCCCUUCACCCGCCGACAGCAACGGCAGCCGGGUGGUGUCGCCCUUUGCCAAGAUCAAGAGCUCCAUGGUCCAGGUGGCCAGCCUCACGCAGGCGGGACUCACCCAGGGCAUCAACUUUGCCGUGGCGAAGGUGCAGAAGAGCCCCGAGCCGGACGCUGUCAACGAAGCGCAGGAGAACGAGCUGAAGGCAAUGUUUACACAGUGCCAGACCAGGAUCAUUCAGAUCUAGUGCUUUCCCCGUAGCAGGACUUUGUGGUCACACUGCAGUAGCAAAAGCCCACACGUGGCGCCCGUACUCGGCCAAGAAAUGCGCUCGUAAAGCCGCCCUUUAGUUCAACUUGCCCUGGUUAAUGGUGAUACUUGAACUUGGAAAUAUAUUCUUCAAUGUUGACCAUGUUUAUGUGCAGAUAAUUAUUCAGUCACUCUCUCGUGCAGGGAGGUUUAGCUCAUAUCCCUUUCUGCCACGCAAACUCAACCAAUGUCCAAUUCAGACGCUUGACUAUUUGAUAGAAAUAACUUUAUGUACCGGUACAUCAAAGUCCUUUUCAUUACAAAGAGUCACCUAACAAGACAAAAGAACAUUUUUAGGUUUUACAACAUCGUAAACUGUAUUUUUUUGUGCAUGUAAACAUGUCACUAUCCUCGCAUGUGACUGAGCGGGAACAGGCAGUUAAACGUCAGCUGCACGCUGACAGACCAACCUGACUUUAUCGUGUACUGUACGUCAUCCUCUUGGUCACUUACGGGCCUCGUGACAGCCCUCGAUUUGUAACCGUUGUAGUAGAAUCCGACCAAACACCCUUUGGGAUUCCCAAAGGACAACUCUGUGUAAACUAUUACCCUUUGUAUAGCUGUCAGAAACUAGCCGGGUGACAUAGAGUCAGUAGUUAUCCCACGUGAUAUCAAUGUUGUCCAGUGUAACUUAAGACGAUACGCCGUUAAAGAAGUAAUGACACCACAAGACCGUAGUAAGAGUUCCCUGGUUGUUGAUCUGUACAGUGAGUGUCGUAUGUUUAUCUGUUGCCCGAGUGGAGCCUUCCCGCAAGCUUUUAUUUAAUUGAUGGUAGGGUCAAUAUGUCCAGAGAGAUAUGAGCGUUAUAUUUUGGAAAAGAAAGCCCAGUACCCUGAAUAACCAGUAAACCACUGGUUGGAGUUGUUUUUGAAAUAAUUAUUCUUCUAAUGGUUAUUAAGUCGUCGGCCGGUGCGGCGCAUCGGCGUUGCAUGUUUGGCGAGUAGCAUAUAGUAGGUAUAUAUGCCACGUACCCAUCCAUUAUUAGACACGCUGACGCUUUAUGCACUCCCCCAUCUGAAAGCAUAUUUGCCUUAACGGGGAAUAGAAGUGGGAUUAUGUAUAUCAGGUAUUUAUGGCUAAAUCUACCUUUUUUUUGUAAGUCCAUCAUAUACACGUUACAUUUGGUGUACUUCAUAAAAGCUCACGUUCAGUUACUGUAAGUCAGAACUUUAUCCUGGGAUAUUUCAUCUCCUGGCACAUACAUGGGAAUGAGCAGCAUACUCAUAUUCAUGUGCUGUGAAGCCGUAAAAGUAGUUAUGUUGAAUGUUUUUUUGACUCAUUAGUCAUCCGUUAAACAUUCUGGGAAAAUGUCCUACAGAGGAAAGUAUAAUGAACCAGGGUCACGCUGCUUUGUAUAUCCGUGUCUAUUUAUGAUAAAUAAUUCUCUGGUUUGCUUUCAGCUGAAAUAUCCCAAGAUAAACAGUCACACAUUUCAUAUUUUUGCGUUACAUUUGCAUACUUUCUGCAUAGUUGGGAUAUUUGUGUCUUUUAUCGGACUAUAAUUGGUUUAAGUGAGAUUUUAUCCAUGGCUGCUUUAGGGUGCUAGAUCAUAGUUAUUGAACCUGCUGAUAGUGUGUGGGGCUGCCAAAGCUUUAAGUUAAUAGCUGUAAUGCAAAGUUUUAAUACGGAGGGUUUUUUUAAACUUGGAGCAGGAGCGCAAACACUGGAGCAGUUGUCCAGCAGAGCAGGGACGUCCCGACCUGCUGAGAGGAACCGUACGCUCAACAUUCCCAAUUUCUUUUUCUUUUUAUAUGCAGAAGCUGGCAGUUACGUUGCAUUCUGAUUUUUGCUGGGUGGGAUUUUCCUCCAUUUCCUUCGUUUUUACACCAAGUGCUUUUGCGACCACCCCCUCUUGUCCGGUUGUGCCCCCCCCCCUUCUAUCAGGACCCCAGAGCAUGACCAACUACCAAGUGACUUGAGGUCUUAAAAGCAUUUGAUUUGCACUGUUUAAGCACAUUUUUCUACCAUAGCACCAUUACGUUUGAAUGUUCGUGGUCGUCUUUCCUCUUUACCAACUGACUGUCAUUGUUUUCCACUGUGUACUGAGAUUGUAUUAUAUAUAUUAAAGUAUCCUAUUUAUUCUUA